GCUGUCUUACGUGACUGCCGCCGUCUCUCACUGAGUCUGCGUGAAGAAGGCCAAGUCGAUGGCGGAGGAGGAUUUCCCGGCGGAGGAGUGCCCAAUAUGCAUGGGCGCCCUCGUCGACCCAUGCCGCACGCGAUGCGGGCACAUCUUUUGCAGCGAAUGCCUCAAGCAGUCCUUCCCGGCAGAGACAGCAGCCGGCAGAUGCCCGCUGUGCCGCGGCGCUAUCUCGCUCUUCUCGACAGUGUCGAUCGCCACAGAAUCUGCGCUCCGCCCGCCCGCCGUCUCCACCAUCUUUGGCACCACCUUCCUCCAGGGCGGAAGACCUGGCGUCGCCUCGUAUCACUUUGAGGCGCCGGACGACUGCUUCAUCUCGUACGAGAGUGCUCCUGCCGCGUGGACGCUCGACGACGGCUCGCGCCCGCCGCCGAGGAAGCCCUUCCUCGGGCCAAGUUACGACGCCGCCUCGCGCACGUUUACGGGCAGCGUCGAUUGGAGCGGCGGCACCAUCAACGGCGGCGACGCGAGGUGGGAGUACCGGCUGGUCUUCUCCGAGUCGAUGAACGUCAUCGAAGGAGGCGGCUCGUGGUGCUACGGCGAGGACGGCGGCCUGCGCGCCCACCGCACCUUUCCAGACAACCUCGGCAGCCGCGUCGGGCUCGCGUCGUACCACUUUGGACCCAGCGGCGACGGCGCCGAGGGCAGCCACAUCUCGUACGCCGCUGCGGACCCCUCGUGGCGCCUCGACGACGGCAGCGCGCCGCCGCCGCGCGUUCCUUUCCUCGAGCCGACCUACGACGCGGCGACGCGCACUUUCCGCGGGUCCGUCGACUGGUCGCCGACUUCGUUCCACGGCAGAGAAGGGGCUGGAGUGCCCGGCGGGGGGCGCGACGAGCGGUGGGAGUACUUGAUGACGUUUAGCGAGUCGUUUGACCGGAUCGCCGACGGGAGGGUGAACGCUUUUCGGCCCGGGGGCGAGCCCGGCGACACGUGCCGCUUCAGCCUCCCCCCCCGCUCGCUGCUGAGCGCGCUCGGAGACCGGUUCAGCGGCAUGCUCUUCCGCGGCUCGUUGAGCUCGCUGCUGUACGAGCGGCACGACGAGGCGCGGGCGGAGAUGGAGGCGCUGCUGCGAGCGCGGCGAGCGGUGCGGCGCAGCAGCGAGGCGGCGGAGCAGGCCGCUCGCCUCUUUGCUGGUGCGGCGGAGAGGCGCCUCUCCCGCCGCAGCGAGUUGCGCCUCGCGGCGGCUCUGACACAGCUGCGUGUGGCUGAUGGGAGCGCGGGUGGCGGCGCUGGCUUUGGCGGUGGCAGCCGUGGCGGCGUGGCUGGGGAGGCGCAGGCGGAGGGGGGCGGCGGCGAGGAGCAGGCUGACCAGCAGCACUCUCACCAGCUCCAGGAGCAGGCCGAGGGUGCGGUCCAAGAGGGAGCGGAUGAGCUGGGCCUGGGGGAGGCCACUCAGAGUUUUUAAGAGACCGGGCGGUCGCAACGUGCUAAGACGUGCAAAAGCAAGUAAGAGC